UGUCUCAAAUUUGAUAAGAAACAGAAAUGAAAUUAGCGUAAAAUAAUUAGAUGUUGUUCUUUAAAACGUGAUUGGCAAAUUCAAAUACUCCAACAGUAAAUCCAUUUUGCGUUUGAAUAAGGAAGUGCCGCCCAGAAGCGACGGAGCGGCGUUACGCGUGCAUCCCGUCUAUAAAAAGCGUUGGCCCGGCUAAAAAUACGCACCAUUCUCACCCGCUAAGUGCGGUAUAUUUAUGCAUUUUGCUGUCUGUCUGGCGAGAGAAACAAAGCAAACUCACAAGAUCUCACAAAACCACCACCACCGCCAGUGCGGAGAAGCAUAGAGAAAACGCCAGCAGAAAAGAAAGCGACGACCUCCUCCCCAUCGGCAAACUCUCCCAUUCUUCCCACACGCUUGCCGAUGUUGUUCCAGCAGUUUCACAAUAACAACCACCGUUCACCGUCGGGUUGGGUUGAACGUUAUUUUUAAAAUUAAACCACCACCAACAGCACCGCCACCAGCAGCACUAACCGCGAUCCGCGAGGUGAUAAUUAGAACAUCGUAAAGGUUGGCCGUUGCGUGUGGCGGAAGUCUCGAGAAGUCUGCUGUCUGUUGUCGCUGCGCUUCAGCUGCAGACCGAGAGUCAACGUUUUAUUCUGUGUUCAGUUGCGUUGCUGACUGCGUAUGGGCGGGAUGAGAAAAACGAUACAUCGCCGUGGGGACGUCAUACUGCAGGAGAAGCCGUUCGCCUGUGUGCUCGAUCCGCGCUACCGCGAUUCAAGAUGUGACCGUUGCUUUAAGGAGACGAAGGUGAUGAAGUGUUCCAACUGUCUGUACGUGCGGUACUGUGGUCGGUCCUGCCAAAAGGAGGCAUGGUCCGACCAUAAGGAGGAAUGCGAAAAGCUGAAAGCGUUACCGCCCGGGCUAGUCGUACCGUCGGCGGCACUGAUGAUUGCGCGGAUCGUGCGCCGUUUGCUGAAGGGAGGCGACACGCACAAGGGCUACUACACCUCGAAGCAGUACCGCAAAUUCUGCGAUCUUAUGCCACACGAGGAAAACAUUCGAGCCGACUCAAAACGGAUGGAGCACUUCGCUACAUUGUACGUGGUACUGCAGCGGCUGCUGGAUGAAGCAUCCCGACCGACCAAAGCGGAAUUGCUCAGAAUCUACGGAAAGAUGUGCAUCAAUACGUUCAACAUACUGGACGCCGAGAUGAGCACGAUCGGGACGGGCAUGUACAUCGGUGCGUCCAUCAUCGAUCACAGCUGCCGGCCGAACGUGGUCGUUUCGUUCGACGGUGAAACGCUCCGGAUGCGCCUGCUGGAAGACUACCCCGAGCAGGAGCUGGACUUUGGCAAGCUUUUCAUCUCCUACAUCGAUCUGAUCGAUACGGCCGAGGUGAGGCGGGAACAGCUGGCCGAACGGUACUACUUCCACUGUGCCUGUGAACGGUGCCGGGAUGAGCAGGAACAGAAGCGCAUGAAUGCCGCUGCCUGCCCGAAUACGACCUGCCACGAACCGCUCGAUUUUAGCGAUUCGGAACUGAACCGAUGCCCUGCCUGUGGUACGGCCGUAACACAUUCCGACCGGGAAGCGUUCGCCGAAAUUAGCAGCUUCACCCGGGACCAUCUAGCGCAGAUGAAAAGCGUUGCAUCGACAGAUCUGGACGUGAGUCGGUUGUGCUUAGAAAAGCAAUCGAACGUGCUACACCGCUACAACGUCCAUCACAUCAAAACGCUCGACAAUGCGAUGGAAAGUGCGCUCAAUUUGGAAAAGUGGACGGAAGCGACCGGGUACGGGUUGCGGUUGCUCGACGGCUUCCGGCAGUACUACAGCCCCUACCAUCCGCUGCUAGGGCUGACGUAUCUGAAGGUGGGCAAGCUGCAGCUCUACCAGUGCCAGUUUACCGAGGCGCUCAAGCAGCUACAGCAGGCGGCCAAAAUUUUGCGUGUCACGCACGGCGAGCUGGACGAUCUGUACAAGCGCGUGCUGGUGCCGCUGCUGUGCGAUGCGGCCCAGGGAGAUCUCGGACAUCUCGCUAUUGCGGGUGAAGGUUAGGCUGAAGAUGCAGGAAAUCAAACACUGAAAGUGAGCUUAUGCUGAAAGUUAUUAAGCAACAAUACAAAAUUGGUUAAGUAUUUCGUUCUCUCGUUGUCGGAUCUUGUCGAUCUACGUAACAAUAAUAAUAAUAAAAAAAAGGUUCGUAACUAUA